AUGGUGUAUUUUAAUAAUAAUGAAGGAAAAAUUGUAGGAGAUAAUGUUAAUGCAACAUGGUAUUUACAACGAUUAAAAGAAUUAGCUCAACAAAAGAAUUCAAAUGAGAAAAAUAAUUCAAUUCAAAUAAAUAAUAAAUCAAAUAAAAAACUUUCAACUCAAACAAAACCAAUUAUACCAUCGAUUAUUUCAACACAAAGACAAUAUAAAACAUUAAAAUUACCAACAAAUUCUAUUCAAAUUCAAACAACUAAACAAAAAUCUGUUGAUAAUAAUAAUUCGCGAUCAAGAAAUAUCGGUUCCGGUGUAUCAUUAAGAUCUCAAUUAACAACAAAUAAAUUAAAUCCAUCAAGAUCAGAAUUUCUUUCAAAUAGUUCAGAAACGUUAACAACAAUAACUCGAAAAGAUGAAAAAGAUAAUUUUUCGGAAAGACGAAGUUCAAUCUGUACAAAAUCUGAUAUAACUUAUCGUCCAUCAAGUCAAUUAUCAACAGAUCAACGAUGUCAACGAGCCUAUUCAUCAACAGCAAAUUCAAUUGAAAGAGAAACAUGUUCAAUACUUGGACCACAAUUAUGUUCUGAUUGUAUUGAAAUACAAACACGAGCAAAUCUUUCACCACAAAAUCUUUUAAAUAAAUCAUCAAUACGUCAACGUUUAACAGCAUUAGCAUUAAGACGUUUUAUUAAAAAUAAUCAAAAUUUAACUGAUGAAGAUUUAAUUGAUAUGAUUAAUAAUCAAGAAAUUGAUUUAAAUAUUCUAAAUUUAAAUCAAUUAAAUUCAACAGUAUUAACUGAUGAAGAAUAUUUUGAUAAUUUAUCUAAAUUACUUAAUCGUUAUGCAGGUGAAUCAUCACCUUAUUAUUUUAAAAAUUUAAAUGAUUUUGCAGAAAAAUAUCAAUCAAAUAAAUAUAAACGUUUAUUAUUAUCUCAAACACCAAUUCCAUAUUCAUCAAAUCCAUUAUUUCAAAAUAAACAUUUAGAAAAAUUUGAUGUAUCAAAUCAUUAUUCAUAUAUGAAACGUGCAUCAACUAACAAAACAAAUCUUCAAUUAUCAACAUCAAUUUUUGUAUCUCCAAGAAAAGCAGAUCCAUUUCAUUUAAAAUAUAAAUCUUUAAAUAAUUAUUCUCCAACAUUACUUUUACAAACAAUUAGAGAAAAUUCAAAAACUAAUUUAUCGAAUCAAAUCAAUAACAACAAAAAAAGAACUUUAAUUGGAUCGAAAUAUUCUCAUCAACAAACACUUCAUCUUUAA